AUGCGUUGGAGUGAAAAAACUACCCAGGACUUCGUAAGAAUGUAUUUAAAAAAUGAGUGUUUGUGGAAUACCAAUCAUGCCGAUUAUAAAUUAAAACAACGUAGGGAAAAAGCCUACGCCUCUCUGUCUGAAGAAUUCAAUGCAUACACAAAAAUUUAUUUAUCGACAACAGAAAUUAAGAUAAAAAUCAAGAAUCUAAGAUCUACAUACAUGCAGGAAGUAAAUAAAGUCUUACAGAAAUCGAGUCCAGAAUACAUUUAUAAACCUUCGCUGGUCUGGUUUGAUGAGAUGGAUCGAUGUUUAAAACAUACUUACGUGAAACGUAAUUCAAGCAUACAACAAGCUCAGGAAGUGGAUUCUUCAAGUCAGAUCUGGGUUAACCAAGUACAAGAAAAUCUGAAAGAGGAAAUAGACCCAGAUCCUUUAAUACCAGACACUGAUAAUUAUUGUGACUCUCCUAGACCAGAGGAUUCUAACAGAGAAGAAUCGGAAACAUCCAAUCCGCCUAAGAAAACCAAAAAGAAAAAAUACAAACAUACUAAAUCAAUUUCAGAAAGUCAAACUGACUGCACAAAAGAGGAUGAGUUUGAUAUUUUUGGUAAAUAUAUUGCAACACAACUAAGAACUAUUGACUUGCACAAAGCUCUAAGAUUGCAGCUAGAAAUACAUAGUUUAGUCAAUGAGGCAAGGGUAGCUGAUAUAAAUGACUAG